GCUUUACAAGUAAGUAAAGAAUUUGAAUGUGAAAAUUUUAAAGCGUCAAAUGGUUGGCUUGAUAAAUUUAAACCACGCUACAAUAUAUCUUUUAAAGUGGUUUGUGGCGAAAGUAAAUCGGUUGAUACGGAAACAGUGGACGAAUGGCGUAUAAAAGUCAAACAAUUAAUUUCUUCAUAUGAGCCACGAAAUAUUUACAAUGCAGAUGAAACAGGAUUAUUUUGUAAAAUUCUUCCUAAUAAAACAUUAAGUUUUAAAAAUGAAAUUUGUACUUCUGGGAAAAAGUCUAAAGAGAGAUUGACGGUCAUGUUAUGCGUUAAUUUAAUUGGUGAAUUUGAAAAGCCACUAAUCAUAGGUAAAUCUAAGAAAUCUCGUUGCUUUAUGAAUGUGGACAUAAAACGCUUAGACCUACACUGGGAGUCAAAUAAAAAAUCAUGGAUGACACGAUGUAUAAUGACUGAGUGGUUAAUGUGGUUUGAUGAAAAAAUGAAAAAACAAAAACGUAAAAUUAUUUUGUUUUUAGAUAAUGCAACAUCACAUCCUGAUUUAAAACUACAAAACAUUAACUUAGUAUUUUUACCACCAAAUACGACGUCACACAGUCAGCCUCUAGAUCAAGGUAUAAUCCAAAAUUUUAAAAUUAUUUACCGACAAAUGAUACUUAGGCGAAUAUUAUCACAGAUAGAUGUAGUAAAAGAUGCUGAUGAACUUGCAAAAAGCAUUACUGUAUUAGACGCUUUGAUGUGGAUUAAACAGUCUGUAAAGCAAAUAACUGGUAGUUAUGUUACUAAAUGUUUUAAAAAAUCAGGUUUUAUUUUGGAAAAUUUGUCUGUAGAUUUAGAUAACACAGAUCUUGAAAACGAAAUAAUUGUUGGUGAACAAUUAGUUAAUAUGGUGCCAACUCAUAUGCAAGGUGAAGAGUUUUUUUUGGUCGACAAAAAUCUAAGAACUAAAGAAGAUAGUACUGAUAUUAAGUCAUUCAUAAUAACAGAUAAUGACGAAGAGGAAACACAUGAAGAAACUGAAAAAACUGAAGAACCCGAGUACACUGUAUCAAACUAUUCUGAGGUUUUAACUCAAAUAAAACAAUUAUCAACUUUCACUCUUCAAAAAGGUGACGUAGAUGGUUAUGACAUGUUAAAAACCAGACGUUACUGGGUACAUCCUUACAUCGAUGAUAGACUAGCUAGAGGUGGCUUUAUUACAUUUUUUUCGAGUUUACGAGAAAAUCCAGAUAAGUUAAUUAACUACUUUCGUAUGAGUGUUCAAUCGUUUGAUGAACUUGCAGACAAAAUAACUGACAUGAUUAAGUCUCAAGAUACAUGUAUGAGACUCUGCAUAACUCCAUUGGAAAUGCUAGCUGUGACUUUAAGAUGUUGUGUGGGUUUGUAA